CCCCUGACUCGUCACCUAACCUCCCUGUGUGACAGCAGGAAGAACACGAUCAGGAAAUAGCAGGCGUCGGUAGCGUGCGGUUGUUAGACGAAGUUAAGAGACGAGAGAACUCUGAAGCAGCUCUGCUCUGUGACACAUUUUUUUUUUCUAUAAAACUAAUGUUGUCAGUGUCGUUAAAAAACACGACUCAUUGUUAUUUAAAAGUUUCGCGCCCGUCAUUCACCUCGAGGUCAGACGCCACAAGGGGGGAGGGGCAAAGAGUUCAUGAUGGACAUAUAAGCAGCACUAGAUGACAGUGGAGAGGAAAAAUUCCCUCUAAGGCAGAAACCUCAAGCAGAACCAGAUCCAGGGUGGGCGGCCAUCUGCCUCGACCGGUUGGGUUGAGAAAGCAGUUCCAGCAUGUAAUGUGAUGCCAGUGUCACUGUUCUAGCCCCAUACAAAAACAGUGUGGGAAGACUUCUAACUGUCCAAGCAUUUCUGGCCAGACCAAAGAGCCAAGGACUAUUUCUGGUGACACAAAAACUCUCAUUCAUACUUUAUACACCGCUUUGACUGAGCCUAUCAACCCCAGUAUUUGUGUUGGAUUCUCUUUGACUCUCUACAGUGUUUUUAAGCUGAAAAUGGAUAGUGCUUGGUCAAGCUUCACACCUGAGGUGACCAAAGAAAGAGUAGGCAUGUCAUACAGGUUCAAGUUCCCUGGUUCAGGUCUGUUCCAUUGUUCUUUUACUGGGCUGGUGUUCAAUGUGACUCAUGAAGGGGAGGUCACGUACAAGUGUUUGAUCUGGGAUGACAUGCUCCUCCAACCGGCUAACAAGGUACCUGGAGGACCAUUGUUCAGAAUCAGUUGUCCUCAGGAGUCUAUCUCUAAGCUGUACCUCCCACACUGUGAACCAGAACCUGCACUGGUCGCUGAAAGCCUCUCUGUUGUCCACAUCACCGACGAUGGCAUGAGCGUCAUACAACCACUGGAGAUAACGGAAACCCACGUGGUCGUGGACAUCCCUCACCUCUCUGCCUUUGGCAUUGUAUGGGACAUCAUCAAGAGGUUUAAGAACUUCUUGACCAAACCAAUAAAUGGACGUAUCCUUGUGUUCCUGCGACCAAGAUUCAGAGGCAUCGUCAUCAUCAAUUUCAUUCUGCUGGCAAGCAACGUGCCUGUGAAUGAGGUAAAAGCACAACAUGAUGAUUCUGAGUUCAUAGAGGCCCCAUCGUUGUGUCACCUCCACAAAUUUCAAAAUUACAGCGUCCACAGUGACCCCAGGGGACUAUCAUAUACAGCCUGAGCGUGCCCUGUUUUUUGGAGGUUAUGGACCAAAUUACCAUGCAACGUUUGAGAUCAUCCUGACAAAAAGCAUAAAGCAAAUGACCGUGAUGAUGAAAGACCAAAGACAGAUAGAAGUCUGGAAGCAUGUUCUUCAUCUGGCUGGCCCACCUUCUCCAGAUGAAAAGCAGCCAAGGAUAGAGAGCAACACCUCAGCAGAGGAGAAGCUGCUACAGGCUCGGCCAGACUUCAUCGACCAAGUGUCUAAUCCUGUUCUGAACAAACUGCUGGAUGAACUCCUGGAACGUGGAGUUCUAACUGAUGCUGAGCGUGAGGCAGCCAGAGCCAAACCCAGGGCAGAGAAAGCCGGACACGUGAUCGACAUGGUGCGAAACAAAGGAGCAGAAGCAAGUUCACACAUGAUCACCAUCCUCUCUACCAAUGAUCCAUUCCUUUCCGAGGAGCUCAAUCUGAAGGAAAGAUCUGUAGAGUAAUGAUCAUAUGCAGACCUGAUGCUCAUGAUCAGUUAAAUCUUGAAGCCAAUGAAGUGAACAAAGAAUUUGACCAAAGCUUUGAUAAGAACAUGAGCUUGAUGUGUUUUGAAUGAAUCAGAAACAGUAAUACAAAAGCAGAUUUUAUUACACUAAACCCUUCUUUGUCAGGUGUCACCCUUAAUAUCAAAAUCACAAUGUCUGUUGAUUCUAUCUCUAAGACACUGCUGGGGAACAGUGUGUGUGCGGAGGUUGAAUGCUACUUGUUGCUGUAGAACACAUUUGUUUCUUGUAGAGUACAUAAAUCAGUGUAUGACUAGGUUUUGGAUGCUUUCCAUCACUAAGUUAAACUUAUGUUAAAUUCCUUACCAAAGUGAAGUGUUGGAACCCACAGGUGAAAUGUCCAUUCACAGUCACAAUGAAUUUGUGACUCAACCUCCCUUUCUCUUAUUAUUACAUCAGCUUUUCUUUAUUAUUACAUCAGCAUUUUUGUUAUUACAUGUUUAAUAUUACAUCACCUUUGCUUUAUCAUUACAACUUUGAGGACACCGCAAGGUCAGUGAUACUCAAUUUGGAUGUCAUAGUGACAUGAGACACAAGAGGGGGAUGUUGUACUACCAGUUUACUUAAACCAUCAGUAAAAUGUGUUGAGAGACUUGUAGCUUCUUAAUACUGUAAAAUAUUUCAAUUUAUGCCAAAGUUUCCUAAACAAACUUGUCUUUGUCAUCAGAGUUAUUAAAUAUGGUCUGGGAAUGUAA